GUAGUCUAUUAAUAAUGUUGACCCAUUAUUUUUGACCGAUUUGUGUUAUGAUUGAAAGAUUUGGAAAGAUUUUAAAGUGAAAGAAGAAACUGUAGCCAAAGAAAGUCUUAACAAAUACAAACCAAUCUUGAUGAGCUUUUUCUAGGCCUAACUUAAGUUAAGUGAUGUUUGGCUGAGGCUGAUUGAUUCGUAGUUUAUUUUAAAAAUGGUUGCACCUGUUGUUACUGGUAUAUCCCCAAAAGAAGGCCCUCCUGGUACAAGAGUCACUAUAAGAGGAGAAAAUCUCGGCAAAAAACCUCAGGAUCUUGUCAGUUUAUCAAUAUGUGGUUGCGACUGUCUUCUUUCUGCCGAAUGGAAGUCACCCAACAAAAUUAUUGCAAGAUCAGGGCCAGGGAAGGGUCGGGGAGACAUUAUUGUAACAACAAUGUCUGGGGGCAAAGGCACAUCCACUGUGCAGUUCCGAGGAUACCACGAAACAAUCGGUCCACUCAAGGAGAGCGCAGUUUGGGUAGAAGAGGCUCCGCUGCAGACCUUAGCUUGGGGUCUGAGGUCUCUCUCUCCCACGAGCUAUCAGGUGGAAGACCCUUUGGGAUUAUCGGUUGAAGGAAAUGAAAAGAAGUUCCCAGAAGAUGAUUUAAAUGAGCUUUUUCCAGAAGGUUCAGGAGAUUUAGCUUCAGAUAAUUUUGAGCCUGGAUGGUUUUUACUGGAACACCACCAUGGAACAUCCUUCGAUGACCUCCGUGUUGGUUUAAGUUACUUGCGAAGAAAAGUAGAAGGUCAAAAAGAAGGUCAAUUGUCUUUCCUAAAGGCCAACAUUGGAUCUGUCAUGGAACAACUUGAUACACUUUUUAUUCUAAAAGAAAAAUUUGAAGCUGAUGUUAUGGAAAGAGGGUUGGAUCCAACAAUCAAGAUGGAAAAAGCUAUUAGAGACUCAAUGUUUGAAGCAAAUAAGUUAUUUGAGGGAGUUUUAAAGCGCCGGGAAAGAGCUGACGCCACAAGAAAUGCUCUUGGAGUUUUACAGAGAUUUCGCUUUCUUUUUACUCUUCCCGUCACCAUCGAGAGGAACAUUCAGAGAGGAGAGUACGACGCCGUGAUUAACGACUAUGCUCGAGCUCAAAAUCUCUUCGGUAAAACUGAUGUAUUGGUUUUCAGGAAGGUUCUAAAUGAAGUUGAACAGAAAAUAAAUGAUUUGAGGGUAUUACUAAAAAAUAAAUUGCAAGAUAUGCCCACUCCACUUCAUACCCAGAAAAAAAUCAUUAGAAAUCUAGUACACUUGGAUUUCGAAGGAGACCCUGUCUGGGAAGCUAUCAAUGUACACUACAAGUACAUCACAGAACAGCUGGGCAAGUGUAAGGACAAACAUCUGGCCGCUGAGACUGCUCAAGAGGACUCAGGCAAAACACCCAAGAGUUCAAGACAUUCAAAAACACCCAGUGGAAACCAAGUGUAUGAUUCACAGGAGGCCAUACCACAUCGUGUACAAUGUGUAGAGCAGAUCACGGAGAUCAUGAGUGUAUACUUGUCUGAUCUGUGGAAACUCGGCCAGUCGUACUUCUGCGGAGAGCUCCAAGUCAGACCACAGCCCAGCCGACCACAGGAGUUUAAGAAAAUCGUAAUGUCAGUGAUUGCAAUGAUGUGUGGCUAUCUGCGAGGUGCCAUCAUCCCCAACACACUAGACAAGACUAGUGCGGACCGCGCGAUGUUAGUGUGGUCUGGACAUGGACACAGCGUGCGGGCGGACACGCUAGCGGAUUGGCUACCUCACUGCCUACGCUACGUGCGAGCCGCCUACAGUCUGUUGAUCACACUAGACCUGCCCAGCGAGCCACUGGACACGGUGGGGAAGCUGGUGUUUGAUCUCAGACUCCACUGCCUAACAACGGCUCUGAAACAUGCAGCAGAUCAGGUGAAAGCAUUGCAGUCUAAAGAAUCGUGGAAACUUGAGUUCAAAAUGAACCAUGGUGGGACUACAGAACUACCUCACAUGUUUGAGAGCCUAGUCACAGAGGCCGUGACUCUAGUGAAGGAGACGGUUGUACAGCCAGGACCUCGGGAGGAACCUCUCCUAGACAGUCAACUGGUGCAGAAGGAACUGUCUUCUCUCAUGCAGACUAUCCUGCUAAAUUAUGUACAGGUACUUGAAGUUUUAGUCAACAACAUGGAUGAUGGUGAACCGUCGUCUGCUAUGAGCCAACUGAUUGGUUCACCCAACCAGUACAGGGACCACCGCAGAUCAGGGAUGGUUUGGGAGCAGAGGCUGUUGGCAACACUGAACAAUUGUCGUUACACCAGCAGUGUCGUGUUGGUAAGACUGUCAGAGCUGCUGUCACGGCACGGCUACCCUCCACUGACUGAGCCGUUGUCUGCGGCCAAGCUGCAGUUGGCAGCAUUGGAGCGGAGAAUCACUGAGACUUAUUUGGAACACAAGAGUGACCCGCUGGUCGGCACUAUAGAGCCGUCCAUGUAUAUCGGACGUUGGGACUGGACCACUAGUCACACUCCCAGUGAUCUAAGGCCUUAUGUCAAGGAGAUCAUUGCCAACCUCAUUGCAGUACAUGCUGAGGUCAACCGGGUGUGCCCCGAGCUGGUUGGCCGAGUUCUGUCUCAGAUCACGGAGACUGUGGCUGAGGAGUUGUUCAGACUCAUGUCUUGUGUCACUAAGUUCAGUGUGAGAGGCAACCAACAAGCCAGAAUUGACAUUCAAGCUUUGCAACGCUUCCUCAAGCCAUUCACACUUCAGAGAGCUAGGGGCUAUUUUGAAGAAGCCUUGGAAGCAUUACCCCCUUUGAAGCCAGAUGAACUUAAGCUGGUGGACGAAGUGCUAAGUAUGAGUGAGUCCAAGAUGAGACUUCAGCUUUACUGUUUCCAGAGUGCUUCCAUCUCGGAGGCCAGCUGAAAAUUGCUCCUUCAAACUAUCAUUAGACCAUGAUAGUUUGAAACUUUGUGAGUGUGGUACCAGUUCUGGUACUUUGAUACAUUAUGAUUAUGAUAGUAUCAGUAAUGUUAGUUGAUCACAUGACCAAGACCUAUAAGAGUAUGAGCAAUGAGUAGUUAGUAACAAGCAACAGUAAAUUCUUAAAAGUACAACCUAAUGUACCCAAAACUGAACUUUCCAUUGUAUUUUGAAUAGUACUAUGUGUACCGAAACUAAUAAUGUGAUCAAACAUUUUGUACCAAACUGAAGUUUCAAGAAUAAAUCUAGUGACAUAACGAAUUUAAUUAGUUUGGUAUACAAAAUCAGCCCAAUGAUUGUUAUGAUUUACGAACAUGUUGAAUAAUUCAUUUUCUGUGAUUGUUUUAGUAAGGUAAUUCACAAUCAAAUUACAAGCACCUUACCCAUUUAGUUGGUACCGUACAAGUUUGUGUUGUGGAUGUCCUCAUUUGAUGGUCUGGCCUAGGAAAUUUUUACCCUCCUGAGGUUGGGUGUAAUGCAAAAAUGCAAGGCAUCUUUAACAUUUUUAAAUAAGGUAUUAUGCCUAUCUUAUCAAGGAUUAAGGAUACUGUGAUUUGGUAACAUUUUCAAUUGGUAAAUUAAUUUGUACUUGGGGUUUAAAAAAUAUUUUUUCAAAGGCUGUAGAAUCUAUUGACCCCAGUUGAUCUGCUCCCUGGUUCUACAGAAGUACAUUAUUGACAUGUGUCAUGUUAUGGACUCAUUAUAUGUCACCCCCAGUACAUCGCAAUGAGAACUGUAACAAUAUAGAUUUGAACUUUUUUUUCAAACUAGGCCUAAUUGCUUAUUUUGUAAAUGUAAAAAUAACAAAAACACAGUGGUAUUGAAAAUUAUGUAGUGUCUAUUAGGAUAAAAAUUUGUUGAGCAAAACUAAACUAUCGUUUCUCCAUGUAUUCCAGGAACAACCUUGAUUAAAUACUAUUUAUUCCUAGUUGUCUGCUAGUUCCUUAAAUCGUAUCGUUGAUCUUAAUGUAUAGUUCAAUCAAAUUCAUAUCAUUCUGUUACUUAAUGGUGUAAGUUUAACAGAACUUUUACCUGGGAAGUUUUGGUUUUAGCAGAACUUAAAUGAAUUAGUAUUAUAGCUGACUUCCUUACAUCAGACACCCAUUCUUUCUGAUAUUUUGAGCCCAGUUUACUCACUAAAAAUGUUGGAAUCAUUAGAAAUUAUUACAAAAUAAAUACUAACUUUCAACAUUAUCUGUGCAAAAAAUUAACACCAACUAGCAUCUUGUAAAUAUGGCUGAAUUGGAAGAAGUCUUAUUUUAAAAUGAAAAAAAUGCUUCACAAUAUUAAAUACUUUUUAAUUGUUAUUGUUACAAUAUUAUGUAGAUUUUUUUAGUGAGAUUUAAGUUAGCCAUUUGACAUGUUAUGUGUGUACAAAAUGUAAAAACAUAGGAUCUAAUCGUGUUAAUCAAAUAGCUAGUUGUAUAAUUAAUUACCCUUGUAUGAUAAUUUGAAAUAAUAAAUAGUGUUUUAAUUUAUAUACUAAAGCCAUUUAGUUUUCAAUAUUUAAAAAAAUAAUCAUAUAUUACACAAACCAUUAAAUACACUUAUACAUAAUUUCUGUAUCUAUUUGCUGAGUUUCAUGCUGUGAUAAUUUCCCAGCUCUUUUUAAGAUUAUGCAUAAGUUAUUGCUUUUAAAGUUAUUGUUAUGAGCUCCUUUAAAAGUUAUUGUUAAGUUUUUAAUGUUUCUUAUAGAACUUUUGGAUUAUAAUAACUUAUCAAUGCUACUUUAACAAGUGUGAUUCAGUAUAAGAGCUUUAUUAAUUUACUGUAAACCUAAGAUUUGAGAAAAAGACUAUAGAAGUUAUUGCCUGUUGUUUAUUUUCAUAUUGCAUGUGUAUAAAUGCUUAGUGCUUAGUGUAAAGUAUCAAUACAAUUAAUAAACUUUUAUGAAUAUCUUAA